AUCACCCGCCCGUCACUCCAAACGAACCAAACAAAAAUCAAAACCCUCUCCACCGCCGCCGUCUUCUAAACCGGCCGCCCACUGCUUUCUCUCCUACAACCACCAUCGCCGCCUGCUUCUUCAUCCGCCAUGGACGUCAUCUCUUCUUCCUUCGCUGUGGAAUUUAAUCCUCUCGCUUCUCCCGCUUGGAACUCGCUCCGCCGCCGCCACCACCACCAGCGCAUCCCUCUCUCCUCUGCUUCUCCUCGGCGCAGCGCCGUCCUCUGCUCCGCACUCAAGUCCUCCCCCUCGCUCAGCGUCGUCGAUUCCGAUUCCAGCGACUCGGCCGCUCGAAUCGGAUCGCUGAGUCAAGUCGCCGGCGUGCUGGGGUGCCAGUGGGGGGACGAAGGUAAAGGCAAGCUCGUCGACAUCUUGGCUCAGCAUUUCGACGUCGUUGCCCGCUGCCAGGGUGGAGCUAAUGCUGGACAUACAAUCUAUAAUUCUGAGGGGAAGAAAUUCGCCCUUCACCUGGUUCCCUCGGGGAUUCUAAACGAGGAUACACUCUGUGUUAUUGGGAAUGGGGUAGUGGUGCAUUUGCCUGGUCUGUUUAAGGAAAUUGAUGGUUUGGAGGCAAAUGGGGUGUCCUGCAAGGGAAGGAUAUUGGUCUCUGAUCGAGCUCACCUCUUAUUCGAUUUCCAUCAAGAGGUUGAUGGGCUGAGGGAGGCCGAACUUGCUAAGUCGUUCAUUGGGACGACCAGAAGAGGGAUUGGACCUUGCUACUCGAGCAAGGUCAUCCGCAAUGGCAUCAGGGUAAGUGACCUGAGGCACAUGGAUACUUUCCCUCAGAAGCUUGAUCUUUUAUUGUCGGAUGCUGCUUCGAGAUUCCAAGGGUUUAACUAUGGUCCAGAAAUGCUCAGGGAGGAGGUUGAGAAGUAUAAGAGGUUUGCUGAGAGAUUGGAGCCUUACAUUGCUGAUACUGUGUGUGUUAUGAAUGAGUUCAUCAGCCAGAAGAAGAAGGUUUUGGUGGAAGGUGGUCAAGCUACCAUGCUGGAUAUUGACUUUGGAACUUACCCGUUUGUGACGUCCUCUAGUCCAUCAGCAGGUGGGAUCUGUUCUGGUCUUGGUAUUGCUCCAAGGGUUCUUGGUGAUCUUAUCGGCGUGGUGAAAGCUUACACCACGAGGGUUGGUUCUGGUCCUUUCCCUACAGAGAUAUUGGGUCAAGGAGGCGAUCUCCUUAGGUUUGCUGGCCAAGAAUUCGGAACAACAACUGGCCGUCCUCGUCGUUGUGGUUGGCUGGAUAUAGUCGCACUGAAGUUUUGCUGCCAGAUUAAUGGCUUUUCUUCCUUGAACCUAACUAAAUUGGAUGUUUUGUCUGACCUUGCUGAAAUUCAACUGGGGGUUUCUUAUAAGCUACCUGAUGGUACACCAGUUAAGUCCUUUCCUGCAGAUCUUCGCUUGCUUGAACAGCUCAAGGUCGAGUAUGAGGUACUACCAGGAUGGCAGACCGAUAUUUCUUCUGCUAGAAGCUACUCAGAUCUUCCUAAAGCUGCUCAGAGAUACGUCGAAAGGAUAGAAGAACUCGUCGGAAUACCAAUUCAUUACAUUGGCAUUGGCCCAGGACGUGAUGCUCUCAUCUACAAGUGAGCUACGCACAUUAGGGCUUUCUUGAAUUAGGACCUUGUCAAAUGAUUGGGGCAUUUUUUUGGGAGGGUGAAGGAUUGGUGGGUUAGGUAAUUGACAAACUUGAUGUUGGUGUUGGUAGAUUCUGUUCUGCCAAUUGAAAGUUGAUGUAAGCCGCUUGUUCCGUAAUUCCUUUCUUCCUUCCUGCAUAAUUCGUAGUUUAGUUGUUAGAAGAUCUUGUCACAAGUAUAAGCAUGGUGGAUAAGCCAGGCAAACUGCCUUUGUAACCGUAAGAGAUCAAGAACUUGUCAGUUUUGCGCCUCGUUAUAACGAACUCACCCACCUCCAUACCUUGUACCACAAUGGCUCCUUCAAUCUCAACAUGCUCUCCUUCGCCAUCCUAGCCGCCUUCCCAAUCUUCUCCAUCUUUGCUUCUCUUUCAUCAUCAGAACCAACGAUCCAUAAGCGAGAAAUGCGUGAGGUCUUCUCGAACUAGAUGGUUGCAGCUAAUGGCACGAUGAGGUCAAGGAACUGCCUCCUACAACUGGCGUGGACCACCAUCGUGGCUGACAAUGCUAAAUGGUCUGCCAACCAGAGGAGGAAGGACUGCCAUCAUGCAAUCAAAGACUAGGCUGAUC